AUGACAGAUAAAAGUGAGAAUAGAGGAGCGCCGCAAAUGGACAAGAAGGAAGAAGGCAAAUUAGAAGGCCUACCAGUGGGAACCAGUCCCUACACUCAGUAUAAGGAUUUGGAGGAUUACAAGCAGCAAGGCUAUGGAGCUCAGGGCCAUCUCCAACCACAACCUGGGCGAGGCGCGGCUGGCUCCGUCGAUGCCCCCACCGAAGCCGGCGCCAAAGCCACUCCGGCAGCACAGCUUUCUUCCACAGAUGUCAUCAAUAAACAGGGCGUUUCUUAA